AUGACGUCGAGGAAACCCGUGGCUUUAGCCACUAUGCUGGCGGUUGGCCUCGCAUCCGCAGACGUCCCGAUCGGUGUACAACACGACGCCACCUACUCGUUACCGGAGUCCCGCGGCUUACCCUGCUCUGGUAUCGGAGCUCAACCUGUCGGUACCGCCUGCCCCAUUGCCGGCGAUGUCGCUACUUCUGACUGCCAACCGUAUCUGCUUUCCUACAAUGGUGCAGUGUGUGUUGCUCCAGUCGAUGCCCAGUGCGCCCUCGUCCGCGACGACGUCUGGGGCUGUGCAUUCCCAAAGACGGGCUACAGUUCUGCUGCCGAGGCGGAGACCAUCGCGGCGUACGGCGGUUCAGGGUCACGCUGGGGAUCUGGAUAUCAAGACGACGUCCAAGUCGGAGAUGAAGAGGAGACUGGUGUCGGUUAUGGCAAGAUGAAGGGCGACGACUCUUAUGUCUCGACCGGCACUACUUCUACGACUAGUGGCGGCCGUACAAACGUAGAAACUAUAUCCACCGAAACGAAUAUCGAUGACGAUGGGAAGACGACCAACACCGAUGGCGAUAAAUCUACCGAUCAGUACAGUUCAACAACGACGGUCUCUGCAGAAGGUGGCGUGGCUUCGGGUGUCUACGAUACAAGUGACCCAGCGACGACAGGCGGCAAUACAAACGCUGACGACUUAACGGGCCCCAGCGAGACCGCUGAGGGUAGCACUCCCACUAGCACGACAACUGGGGGAACUACUAGGGGAGGAGGGUACACCCCUGGUACUACAGCUGCGGGCAAUACUGCAAGUGGCUACGACUCUACCAGCAACAUGGAGGGUGAUAUUGCUACUGGUGACUACAUCACUGUCACUGAGAGAGCUAAACGUGUCUACGUGGGCGGUACUAAAUCUGGGGGCUACAACACAGACAGCACUACUACCGAAACCGGUGAGGACAGAGCUCACUACCGUUCUACCGGUACAAGGACAGCAGAAGAUGCGACGCAUACAAACCGUCAGUCAAAAAACGGCUACAUGACAGGGGGUGGCCAUGGCUCUAUUGAAACGACCACGGAGGGUAGAGCGACGACUCGAGUCUCCGCGAGUGAGAGUGGCUACAGCUCUGUCAGCACUAUCACUGAAGGGUACAUCGCUGGGGCCACGCCUGAGGACGUUAAGAACAACGGGGGAUACACUUCCGGCUCGACUGAAACGACGGGAAGAGGCACAUCCUACGUUCACGGCAGAGCGCGUGAUGAAGAUUGCGGAUCGGACGAGUCAUCCCCUGUAGCGGAAGGCGACAAGACGGCAAACUACCAGAUUGGUACAAGUGAGGAGACGGAAGUCCAGCAGACCACGGAGAGUCCCUCCGAUGAGCGUGAGGAAGAGGGUACACCCGGCACACUUGGGCCUGAAUCCGAUGAGCCUUGCACCGAGACUGAAACACCUACAGAGUUGGUCACCUAUGCACCGGCAGAGGAGACCACGGGUGCUCCUACUGAAAAGCCUGAAACUCAAAAGCCCUGUGCCACAGAUGAGCCUGAAGCAGGAACAGCCCCACCACCAACCGAUCAGGUCACCACAGAGCCUACAACAGAAGAACCUACGCCUCCUACUACACAGCCUCCAACUACACAGCCUCCGACUACACAGCCACCAACUACGGUUCCUCCGCCCACGCCUUGUGAUAACCAAGGCACUAACGGCAUCGGAGUGGAGAACAAGGUGCACUACGCCAAUGGAGGCAUCUACAAGACUACGACAGGUCAACGGAAUGACCAAUCCUGGCAUUCAUGCUGCGUCGCGUGCUACAACGAGGUCGUCUGUAAAGCCUUUAGUUUCGAACAGACUUCUUCAUCCUCACGGUGCGAGUUAACGACCUCGACUUCGAACAGGUUAACAAAUCAGCAGAACUGGCAAGCGGGUAACAUGGGCCGAUAA